AUGAAGACAAUUUUAUUUGAAAUUACAGCUAACUGUCCUCUUCAAACAGUUAUUUUUGCUGAUAUUAAUCCCUAUAGUCAUGCAGAUGGUGAACAAGAAGUUCUGUUCAGUUUGAGAGCUGUUUUUAAAAUUGACAAUAUUAUUUUCGAUUCACCAUUGUAUAGUUGUAAAAUUCGAAUGACAGCAACAAAUGAAAUAUCAAAUGAUAUUCAAGAUUAUUUAAAAGCAAAACGUCAGCAAAUGAAUGAUUAUACUCCACCAAUUCUAUUUGGAUGUUUGUUAUUCUUAGAAUUAGGACAAUUAGAUAAAGGUGAAAAAUAUUUUCGUAUGUUAUUAAAAACUUUAUCACCUGCUCAUGAAGAUUUUGCAUCAACCUGUAAUAGUUUGGGAAUUACUUUGUAUGGUAAAUGUCGAGCUAAUUUAGCUUUAGAAUGUAUUGUACGAGCGUAUAUUCUACGUCGACGAAGUCUACAUCCACAACAUCCAGCAACUGCUACAUCUGCUCUGAAGAUAUUUGAAAAUAAUUAUGAUACUGAUCAUCAAUUGGAAGCAAUAGCAAUGAAUAGUAUUGGUUUACUCUAUCGAGAUGAAAAAGAAUGUCAAAUUGCAUUGAAAUAUUUGAAUCAAGCAUUAGGUAUGUAUCAGAGAAUACUUCCAUCACAAUAUCCUGAUAUUGCAUCUUGUUUGGGAAAUAUCGGUUUAGUUUAUGAAGAUCUGAAGGAUUAUGAGCAAGCAUUUGCUUAUUAUUAUCGUGCAUUUGAAAUAGAUAAAAACAUUUUACCAUCUGAUCAUCCGAAUCUAAUGGAUGAUUUGAAUCGAAUCAUUGAUAUCUAUAUGAAAAAAGGUGAAGAUCAGAAUGCAAUGGAAUUUUAUCAAAACAUUAUAAUAGAAUUUGAAGAUACUUUAUUUAGUGCUCAUGCUCUAAAAAGUCUGAGUGAUCGUACAUUAAAUGUUGUAGAAAGAAUCGAUUAUUAUAAGAAAGCCUUAGUUAUUUUUGAAAAAUCAUUUAAUUUAACUGAUUCAAUAAUUAUUUAUUGUAUAAUUGAUAUGAGCCGGUCGUGUUGGAAAUGUAACAUAUUUGAUAAUAUAUUGAAUUAUCAAUUACAAGCAUUGGAUAAACAGCAAAGAAUUUCAUCUACAAAACCGUUAGAAUUGAUUUUAUUUUUAGAGAAUACUGGUAGGCUUUAUAUUACAAUAAGCAAAAAUGGCAAGAUGCUGUUAAUUAUUUUGAAAAAGUCAAGACUAUCUUGAAAUAUUGAAUAUCAAUCUUAAAUAUAUUAAUGAGAUUGACAAUCUCAUUGCUCUUGCGAAACACAACGACAGCACAACAGUUAGUGUGAGGGGAAAUGUAUCAGAUGUCAUAAUGAAAACACACCAGUGUCACUCAAAAGAAACGAAAAAAUACUGCAAUAUGCAAUAAAAAAAGUGAAUCCACUUAUCCAAUUAGACAUUGUAGAAGCAGAAUUCAAGAGGGUGUGGGGUGGCGGGUGUGGGUGUGGGUGUGGGUGUGGGUGGGUGUGGGUGUGGGUGUGGGUGUGGGUGUGGGUGUGGGUAUGGGUGUGGAUAGGAUAUGUUUAAUAGCACAAGCUACUUGCGACCGGUUUCGACCUUGCUUAAGGGUCCUCAUCAGGUAAGUUCGGCUACUAAAUUUUUAAAAUACUGCAAUUCAAUCCUAACUACAAAUUUGAGACAGUUCAUUGAAAGUUUCAAGAACAAAACCUUCUCGAAACUGUCGAUCAAUAUUUUGUAGAAGGAUCACAAUUAUUUCCAAAUUUCUAGCAAAUUUCAGAAGAAAUAAUACUAAAAAUUUAAGAAACAAAAGAAGUCGCAGCUAAUUUUAUAUUCAGGAACCAGAAAAAUUCCUGAAUAUAAAGGUGUGUAUAGGAUUUAUUUAAUAGCACAAGCUACUUACGACCGGUUUCGACCUUGCUUAAGGGUCCUCAGCAGGUAAGAUAUGUAUCUGAAAUAAAGGAAACUAAUAGCUAUAUGAGUUUUAUUAUGGUUUGGAAGAAUAAUUUUACGAUAAUGAAAAGCAUAUAAUGAACACUGCUGGGAUUCAAAAUUAUGGAUGAACAAGGACAAUAUUUUGAUUUUGUGUUUUAUAUUGAAGCAAAGCACACAGUUUUUAGUGAGAGGAUGUAUUGAUGAAUAGCAUAAUUUGUUCAGCUCGUUGUUUGAUAUUAAGAAGACGAACUUCAAUAAUAUUGCGCAUAGGACCGAGGAACGGUUGAAGCAAAGUUGUUGAAACACUUUGAUCAGAAUGGCCAGUAUUGCAGUCGAAUCCAAUUGCGUUCAUGUGGUCAUGAGCCGAGUGGUUUUGUAUCAUUCCUUUUUUUUUUAAAUGUUUGUUUAGUUAACAAUGAAGAAUUUCUUUUUAGAGUAAUUGCUCGUUGGUAUGAUUUGGCCGUUAUUCGCCAAAGUUUCUGAACAGAAAGAAUCUAGAAGGAAAGAAAAAGAGUAAAAAUAUGGUCGUAGGUUUGGUUGAAAACCUGUUCCUUGUUUGGACUAUAUUCAUAGAAUGAUUUGACCUGAUUGCCUCCAUUAAUAUCGAAGUUCAGUAUGGUUUUCUUGUGUUCAAAAUAAUUCACGCAUUGUUCAAGAUCUUUCUUUACGAGAUUAGCAAGAGCGUGAUCAAUGAUAUUCAUUGAUUCGUCAAUAGAUAUUUCAUUUUGUUUUACUGCACUUGGAGGACUUUGUUGUAAAUGAACCUUCAAGUUCGCCUCUACUUGUUGUAGUUUAUUAUAAAUUAAUCUUUGUCGAUGUCUUAUAUUGUGUUCCGUUCGAGGAUAAUCCCAGUUAAUGGAAUUUCGUUUCGUUAUAUCUUUAGAUGCUUGAGAUAAUCAUCUUACAGUAGGCUUUGCUUCAUCAGCAACAUGUUUCCAAUAAUCUUCUUCGAUUUUUAAUUCUAAUAAAGUACACAUGAGUAGAGCACGGCGGCGAACAAAAUGUAACAUUGUAGUAUUCGUUAAUGACCGUUGGAUCACUGCACACUGACUAGGAAUACUGUUUGAUAGUCGAUGUAUGAAUAGAUUGUCAGGCAUUUUUCUAUAAUUUGCUAGGAUCCGUGAUGAAGUCUUCCAGUUAUCAAUAGAUAAUUGACUCUUUUGGAUGUUCUUAUGAUACAUGCUAUUAUUUGUGAAAUGCCAUGAUUUUUUCAUCUUUUUUGCAGGUUGUAAUAACGGUGUUUGAAGUUUGAAAGUAGCCAUUCGGUUUUCUUGAAUACUACAAAGUUAAUCAAUGCACGUGAAGUAAUAGAAGAAGACGUUGUCUUUUUUAAUAGAAGAUAUUUUAUAUCUAAAAUAAAUCACAGAUAUUUUUAACAAAAGUUGAAUUAGGAUUCCUAUGAAGUAAACAAAUUAUAUCUGAUAUAUAUAUAUUUAUUUAUUGAUUUAUUUAUUUAUUGUGAAAGUAAUUUUUAAAAAAUAAUCGAAAACCUAUGUAAACUGACAAACAUGACUCUCUCCUGUGACUCCUUGUGCUUGGUACUAGAAACAAAGGAAAAAACAAAGAAAUAAUAUCAUAGUUAUUGAAAUAUAAGAAUAAAUCUAAUUGUAUUAUACUCACAAGAAGUAUCCCGCUACUCAUUAGUAGUUUGGAUGUGAGCGUGAAUAGUAACCACAAUACUAAAUAUGUAGUAUUUCGAUUUUACAAAUAAAAUCUUAUCAAGUGGCAAAUACUUGUGUGAUAGCGAGUCAUAUGAACGUCUUAUUGCAUUGGCGAAUAUGUCAUUAUAGGUAAGUUGUUUACCUAUAAUCUGGUCGUGUGUUACAGUUACCACAAUACAAUAGUAUUUCGAGUGAGUUUACAAGAAUUCUUAUCAAGUGGCAAAUUUGGAGCAUGUUGUCGAUAACAAUUUUUCGCCUUGUAAAUCUUUGUAUUUUGAUAAAUGAGUAUAGAUAUUCGCCUUAAUUCUUGGUGAUUAAGUCAACUAAUUGUAGUCGUGUGUUCAAGAGAUUGAUUGAUUUCUUGAUAGUGAAUGUCGCCAAAUCUCUGCUUUUGUUAUUUUAUCAAUUGAACUCAAAUGUUAGUAUCCACUUGUUGACUCUGAUGAGUUGACACUGACGAGUCAUCAUACUAUAAUAUACAAAAAUAAAAAUGAAACGAUAAACGUAUGAAUAGAUCACAUUGACAUUUUCGUCAUUACUUUGUUUUUCAUCGAAUCAUUAUGAUGAGUCAUGAUGAAAUAUAUUGUAAUUAAUCAUCUAGAACAAAAGGACAAAAAUGAAUUGAACGAAGGGAAUAACUUGAUAUGUAAUAAAUCAGAAGUUAUCGGAAGAGGAUAAUAGAGUAUGGGGCAAAAAAAACGGGAAAGAAAAAAACAAACAAAGUAUUAUUUUGGACUU